CUGUAUCCUCCGCACACGUGAGCGUGGGGCGGAAGACGGAGGAGCCUCCCUGUCGGCCUUCAGGAGGGGCUGAAGGUGACUCUCCUCUCGGCUGGGAUGCGGAGGGAGCUGCUGUGGGAUCUUUUCUGAUCCUGCUCCGGGGAUUAGUCACGCACUGUUGCGGGGGGGCUUUAAGCAUUAGGGGUGAAAAAUAAAAAGAAGAAGAAAAAGAAGCCCUCACCCAGCAUCGUCUGCGCGCAUCGUCUUCGUCUCCACAGAGGACACAGCAGCCAAAAGAGAGGGUAUCCCUCGCUGCGUCUGGCUCGGCUCCGGUCGUGGGUGUGCAUGCAUGUGUUCUGCACCGUACGGGCGGAAAAAGCGCCCAAGGUCCACAGGGAGCAUCUUUCCCCUCGGUAAAGGGGCGCAGACGGAGGCGGAGCGCCGAGAGAGCACGGAGGGGGCCGUGGACGACAGCAGGAUGACUGUGCAGGAAUUCAACACCCUCGUAGCGCUGUACCGGGAGCAGGUCAUAUCCGUCGGGGAGAUCUCCGCCGACUGUCCGUCUCUGCGGGCUCAAAUGCACCACACGCGGUCUAAAGGGUGCUCCAUGGCCCGGGCUGCGCACCAGGACCUCGCCGUCAUCUCUGUUUCGGGUCCGGAGGACGGGGAGAUCCAUCCCGAGAUCUGUCGGCUCUUCAUUCAGCUGCAGUGCUGCCUGGAGAUGUUCAUAACGGAGAUGCUCAAGUCCAUGUGCCUGCUGGGGGUGCUGCAGCUACACAGAAAAAGUACAGUCACAGGAAUGAGCACGCAGGGAACAGACUCAGAGCCGAGGGUGGAUUUCAGGCUGGAUGAGAGCUCAGAUGUUCCCAUCCUGGAGGACCGAUCCUCCUCUCCCAUCGACUUUCCUCAGGAGCAGUGGCUGGUGGGAAAUGAUAUUGAAAAUAUAGAGAGCAUGGUCCUGCUGCUGCUCCUCAGCUGCAUAUCAGCCGGUCUGGCCUGUUUCUGUGACCGAUACCCCUGGAGCUCCUGGUCUGCCUGCACCAGCACCUGCAGUCAUGGCACACAAGUAAGAAGGAGGGAGUUUCAGUAUGAUGACUAUUUCUUUAAGAGCAGCUGCCAUCAGCUGUGUGCGGGGUAUGACCAGAGAGCUUGCAACCAGCACGCCUGUCCAAUCAACUGCCUCCUGACAGAGUUCGGGCCGUGGUCCGACUGCUCGCCCUGUGCCAAGAAACAGUUUCGGACCCGGUCUGUCCAGAGGCCGGCUCAGUUUGGUGGAUCCGACUGCAGCCCUGAGUUGACAGAGGAGAGGCCGUGCUAUCCCGCCACGGAGUGCAGGAUCGCAUCCGUCGACUGCAGAGACGACUUCAAGUGUGAUAAUGGGCGCUGCAUUAACUCAACACUAACAUGCAACAGGCAGAACGACUGUGGAGAUAACUCUGACGAGAGGGAGUGCGGUGACAUCACAGUCGUGUGUCCAGUAGAGAAGAGAGUGGCUCCGGGGGCUGACCUGGUGGGAAAUGGGUUUGAUAUCCUAGCUGAGGAGCCCAGGGGAGCAGUGCUGGACAACAUGUUCAUGGGAGGAACCUGCACCAUCGAGAGGCCUCCAAGCACGUUACUCUACCACCGGGUUCCUUACAACUUUAAGAGUUUGAAGAUUAAGGUCGGAGUGCCAGAGGACUUCAGCACUGAGCCUAAGCAGCUGCACACUGAGCCCAUCGAUUUUCAGACAUCCAGCUCAUCGUCUGGUCCCAGCGGUCAAUCUAGAGGCUUGUUUUUCUUUCCAAUCUUUUUCUUCUCUUCUUCAUCUAGCUCACAUUCCAGCUCUAAAAGGGAAGCUUUUGAAGCUUCAAAGAAAAAGGACUCCAAGUUUAUCAGAGUGCACCAAGUCCUUCCCGUGUCAACAUUCAAGGUUCGGGACCCAGGGGACCUCGUCCUGUCACUGCCUUUCCUUCAGUUCCUCCACGCUCUUCCUCUUGACUACAACUACGCCCUCUACAGGGAAAUCUUCCAGCGCUUCGGGACACACUACUACAGCUCAGGGUCUCUGGGCGGCCACUAUGACCUGCUGUACCAGUACAGCCGAGAGGAGCUCAAGAGUUCAGGUGAAACUGUGGAGAACGUGAUAAACUGUGUGGGCCAACAGACCUUCUUUACUGUAAUCCUCUACACCCAAUACAGCCGUGAAAAUCGAUGCAACAACAACAGGAUGACUGAGAAAUAUGAAGGCUCAUACAUUAAGGCAGCAGAGAAGUCUUUCUCAAUGGUUAAAGGAGGUCGAGCCAGAGAGGCAGCAGCUCUGGCCUGGGAAAGGCAGGGUGCUGCUCCGGACAAGAUAUCCUUCAAGAACUGGGCCAAGUCUGUUCUCGAAAACCCCGCUGUUGUCGACUACGAGCUUCUUCCCCUCAUAGAUCUGGUUCAGGGAAUUCCUUGCGCUGCCACAAAGAGGAGGCACCUGAGGAAGGCCCUGCAGCAGUACCUGGAGGAGUUUGAUCCAUGCAAGUGCGCUCCUUGUCCCAACAACGGCAGGCCAGUUCUGUCGGGCACAGAAUGCAAGUGUGUUUGCCAGACUGGCACCUACGGCACCAACUGUGAAAUCCGGGCUCCCGACUACACUUCAGAGGUGGUGGAUGGUUUGUGGAGCUGCUGGGGGGCGUGGAGCAGCUGCGGAGCCUCCAUGAAGAGACAUCGGACGAGGCGGUGCAAUAACCCCGCCCCCCUCAGAGGAGGCCAGCCCUGCAGUGGUCCAGACAGACAGGAGGAGGCCUGUCACAUCUCCAUCUUUGCAAAACAGGAGACCUGCGACAACGACGAAGACUUCACGAUAGGCUGGAGGGACGAGCUGCCGCCCGGUGUGCAGGGGUGUCUGCGGCCAAAGAGCCCCGAUAACAGCUUCCUCAGGAAAGCAAAGCAGUAUUAUAACUUUGGUGAGGAUGAAGAGUUUGAGUGUUUCACUGGGUUUGAGGUGGAGGGCUUUCAGUACAUCAACUGCCUUCCUGAUGGAACCUGGAGUCAACCGAGUGGGAGAUGCAUCAGGAGGAUUUGCCUUCCUCCUGACAUACCUGAUGAUACGAGUCUGUCCCCCAGCAAGGAGGAGUACAGAGUGGGUGAAGUGGUACGUUUGAAUUGCAAUGAGGAGGGCCUGGAGCCGCUGCCACGAGGCUCCUACAAGUGCGGUGACAAACUCACCUGGGAGCCUCAGAUACCUGCUGAGCUACGCUGCACUAACGAGGAACCAUUUGUUCCUGAUACUCAGUGUGGUCCAGGACAGAAGCUACAGAACUCUCGCUGUGUCUGCGUCCCGCGGGAGAGCUGCCUUUCACAGCCAGAGAAUCUCUGCAUCCUGAACGUAGACAUCGGCGUCACUGUGCCAAUGUCGCUCUGCUCCUUCCACGCCGGUCUAUGCCACCGCGAUCCGCUCUUCUUCGUCAACCACGGCGCGUGUGAUGCGGGCGAUUUGGCUAAACUGGAAUGGGCCACGUUUAGGGCCAACAUGUCCUCUAAGAGCUCUGUUCAGGAGGCCUGUGAUCUUGACACCUGUUACGAGUGGGAGACCUGCUCUGUGUUUAAGAAGUGUGAGUGCAGACCCGCUCGGGAGUGCCCCAAAGUGAAAAACCACAUGUUCUGCAUAAAGCUGACCAGGCUCCAGAGGACUCGCAGCAUGGACCUUUGUUCUAUGGCUGCACUCAAGUGUUCUAAGUAUGCGUUUGAAAUUCUCAGUGAAGGUGAAUGUCAGCCGUGAUGAUCCUGCCUUAUACUCCACAGCUGGAUUCACCGCACUCUUCAUGUUAGAACAGCAUUCAACACACACACAUAGUUUUAGACCUUAUUGUGCGCCACAGCUAAGACAUUAUAGACAAUAACACAAAAGAGUAAUGCGUGUGCAACCAUAAUUAGACUCAACAAAUUUGUUACAGAGUUGCAACUUUUAUGACAUAUUUGGAUACUAAAUAACAAAUGAGGCCUUUUUCUUUUAAAAUCAAAUCUGACCAACAUGUGAAGGAGGAAGCAGCAGUCUGUCAGUCAAGUCUGAAUCUGGGUAUUUUUAUACUUAGCAAACAUGUUUCAUGUGUAAAAAUAAAAAUAUAAAAUUGCA